GGGAUAUUGGUCAUUGAAAAGCGCGCCUCUGUGUCAGUCACAAUCCCCCCUUGCAUUACCAGUUCCAGCUGUAAAUAAUGAAUUUUUCAAAUGUACCGAAAGAACUCUCCCAUCUGAACGUGUUCUUAAGAUGUGCUUCGGAUCACUCGGCGAAAGACCCCAUUAUCACAUACUACUGUCUCCUGCAUGCAUUUCAAAAAGGUUUAAGUAUGAUUCAAAAAUCACCCCCUAUCAAGGCAUUUUUGACAACUCUCAUGGAUAAGUUAGAAGAAUUAAAAAGGAGUAAUUCAAACUGUGAAGAAAUUGCGAAUGAAACUGUUGGGAUUCCUUAUGUUGAACAGUAUGCCCUCAAGUUGUUUGAUGCUGCUUACCAGAGGGAUAUAAACUCCGACUUCGGACCUGCUACUGUAAAAUUAUUUCUUUCAGCUGCUACACUCUUAGACGUUGUUUCUGGAGCUGGAGAAGUAGGUGAUGAUGUCGAAAAGACCAGGAAGUAUGCCAAAUGGAAGGCCGUUUACAUCAGCAAAUGCUUGAAAUCUGGCGAAGUUCCAGUAGGUGGUCCUAUUGCUAACACCGAAGCUGCCUACACCCCAAGACUUUGUUGCAUAUCAGUAGAUUUUCUUGAUUGCUUGUAAGGGAACCUUAUUUGACACUCAUUUACUUUUUGUGUCUAAACCGUAGUAGUUUCAUUUUUGUAACGGAACUCAUGCUCUUUAGUUGGUCCAGAUACAGAAGCGCUACUCUUUAACCUAUUUCGAUAACAUUAUAUGUGACGUAUACUAGUUGUGAUUACAGCUUUUCAGUUUUCUAACUCAAACCAACUGGUUUUUACUAAAGAAUUCGUUUUCUCUGCCUGUUGAACAAUUUUUAUAUGUGACAUUCUGAUUGCAUUCACUAGCUUUCUUGAGUAUACAUAAGAAUAAAUAAUUUGUACUAGUAGUUUGUGUGUCUAGUUUCAUAUAUUUAAAUAACUGCGUAUUAAAAUUCAUACCCAUUUGAAUUAUGCACGUGCAUAAAUAUUCAAAGGUAAUUUCCAUCGCUAAUUGACGUAUUUUAGAGAAAUUCUCGAAACUUGGGAGCACUAAACAGUGGAUUUCUUUCGGUUUAAAACUAUUCAGCAGUAUGUUACCGUAAUCCUACUCUGAAUCUGUCCCUUAACCAUGAGGCUUUACAGCAAAAUGGGGAAUCAUAAUUCAUUGGUUUAUAUUUUCAUGUUCAAUCAAUUUGUACAAUAGCUCAAUCCUCAUCUAAUGUCAUCAGGGAGUCUCUAUUUUUUCAUAGUUCAGUUGACCUCAUAGAUCGCAGUCCCACAUCAUGACGUCUGAGAAUUCAUCUCGAAGCUACUUGCCAAUCAACACAAAGUUAUGGUUUAGUGGACUAACAUCAGUUCAUGAUAAGUUCCCUUCUUCACAAAUCCUCUUGGCGAUACUUUCUUUAUAAUUCACAUUGAUGUGUAACAUAAAUGAACCUCAAGUUUACUCAAACUGAUUCAGUCAUGUUCGAUUUAUGGUAUUUUAGUUUGAAUAUUUUUUCACUGAUCAUGUAGACUUUAAAAUUCAUCAACUUAUGCUUUACGUACGUACGAAGUUCUACGUUAUUACUGACUGACUGACUAUGCUUUAAGCAAAGUUAAAUAAUGCUGUUAUCAAUAUAUUUAAGGAACAAUAGGGUUGUAUGUAAUUGUUUCACUGCUUUGUAAAUAAUAUUAUUAUCUUAUUAAGUAAAAUAUGGAUAUCAAUUUUUGAAGACUUCAACGUUUAUAUUUGUGCGAUAACGUAUGGAAAGUUGAUUACCAUAUUCACUCUGAUGAUUUUACUUAUCCGAUUCAUAUACUUUCUCUAUAUCUAUUCAACUUUUAAAACAUUCCUCUGGAAAUAGCUUUUUGCCUCACUGAUCUUGGAAGGUUGGUGUCGCAUACGGAAUUGCUAUUAAGUCGGAACCCCUAAAUAUAUUAAGUAAAUAUUUUCUUAGUAAAAUGUUUUCUUAACAUCUUAGUUCUCGUUUCUCACCUAUUAAAUGUUACUUGAUGGCUCAGAUUUGUUCGAUACUUACACCUAGUUCGAAUAUAAGAACUCAUUAUCUUCUUCGCUAAGCAUAUCACUAAUGACAUAUUUUUUGUAUUGGGACAGGAGUAUAACCUCCUGCAAUAUGCUUUGUCCUAAAGGACAUAAGAAGGUUAUAAGAGAGUAAAACAUUACCCUCACGUGACGAGGCUAACUAGUGACAAGUAUUAAUUUUAAGCAGUGAGAUUAUAUUGGUUAUACUACAUACAUAACGAAUGUAGGAUAAAGUGAUUUAUUAGUAUGUAGAUAUGUUUGCUUUCUGUAACCAUUACUUUCUAAUUUGCUUGUGUCUUUACAAUUACUUACGUCUGUUACCUUUCGUGGAGUAGCAUAGGCCGCCCACCAGCAUUCUCCAUCCACCUCUGUCCUGGGAAAUUCUUUCCAUUUGCUAUUCAUCCUUCUCACUUCUUCCAAUUCUCGACACAGUGUGUUCCUUUGUCUUCCUCUUUUCUGUUUCUCUUCAGGAUUCCGAGUUGGCGCUUGCCUUGUGAUGCAGUGUGAUCAUUUCCUCAAUGUAUGCCCUAUCCACUUUCAUCGUCUUUUUCUAAUUUCUUAGUGAGAUAAUUACUGAUUUUAUUUAAUGUUAAUAUUGCCAGAAGGCUGAUUACCCUUAUUUAAACUAGUCUAGACUACAAUCUUGAAAUAACCGCCCUGUCUUACUUCACUUUUUUAUUAUCAGGGUGUUCAUUUCUUAUUCGUCUGCCGUACUGUUAAGACGAUAAUGCAAGCCAUUUGGAACUAAUUAACUUUUCAUUCGAUUAAGUUCUUAGACUGGGAUUAUUGAACAUUUAUAUAUAGCCAAUAAGAGAAUUCAUAACGGUACAUACAAGAAGAAAGUUCUGAAUAUUUAAUUAAUUUUUUUAUUGUUUGGUUAUUUAGGAAAAUUGUUAAAGAUUGUUGUUGUAGUGACAAAAUGUUUUAAGGUUUAGAUAGACUUUUUACAUGUGUGAAGCAUUUAUGUCGGAAAGUUGUGAUGAUCGAUGUAAUCUCUAAGGGGCUUGUCAACCAUAAUCUUUUGGAUAUGAAGAUAACAUUACCCUGUUCUCAGAAAACGUUAACAAAAUAAUAAUAAUAAUAGUGUUUCCAACUUGUACAUAUUGAUCAGUAAUUAACCUUCAGGAUAGCAGUGCAAUUUCUAAUACAAUAAAUGCUUACAUUUUUGAAAGUGUUUAGUGCAAUGUGAUAUGAUUGAAGGUAGGAUUAGAAGUAAACAUACUACUAGUUAGUUUGGAUAUAUUGGCGUAUAGCUAGAAUUGUAAAUAAUUAUGGAAUUGUAUUUGUUUUUAUUCGGAAAAUUAGGUGGUAAUUUAACCUUUCACAAAAUUCUACUUAGGCAGUACGACAGAUAGUUUUAUAACAUUUAUUUUAAGUUUUCAUUUGAAAUAAUUUUACUUGUGUAGAUAUUUCUAGACUAACAAAUACAAACAAUCUCUGCAACAAUGAAACAAAUCAACCUCAUGAAGUCCCCACCACUUGCAUACCUAAACAACCACCUAGUCCUGAUCCAUCUGCAUCUGAUAAUAAUAUUACUACAAGAAAUUGGUUGAAUGUAGAAAAAAAUAUCAAAUGUGCAUUGAGUGCAUCAAAUUAUCAGGAUAGAGAAACAACCGUGAAAUACUUGAAGCAAGCGUUAACAUCACUUGGAGUUGAUAUCUAAAUCUUAAAACAGUGUUUUAACUUUAAAUUUACAGUGCAAAGAUGUAUUUUAUAGUGAUUGGAACAUUGUCCCUUUUAUGUGAUAGUUUUUGAGAAUUUAUUACUGAUAUUUCAACAAAGUAAGCUACGAUUAUUAUGAUGAUAAGAAAAACAAGUAUCGUUCUGAUUUUAUUUACGUCCGAUUUUUAAAAUGAAAAUACAUCGAUUAGUUGAGGCAUUUUAUUUCUUGAGACUGUCA